ACCUCUAUCUCAGAAAGACCAAAGAAAUCAUUAAAAUCAUGUCCGACGAGUACGCAUGCGUGGCCAAGGGAAAGCUCAAGCUGAAGAACGACUCGGAUCUAAAGAAGAAAAAGAAGAAGCACAAGAGCAAGGACAAGGAGCUGCAGAAGGCGUACGUGGAGCAGCAUGUGGCCGAGGCGGGCGCCACCUCCUCCUCCGCCGCCAGUGGCUACGAGCGGAAGCUCACCAAGGCGGAGCUGGCCAGCAAGAAGCAGCAGGAGAAGAUGCGCAACAAGAGGAUCAUGGACAAGGCACAAACCACCCACAAGGAGCGCGUGGAGAAGUUCAACGAGCACCUGGACACACUCACCGAGCACUUCGACAUCCCCAAAGUGUCCUGGACGAAGUGAGGCGAGACCAGUCGUAACUUAAAGCAUACAUUUAUUAAUAGGUUAAGUAAUUUCGACUAUGUUGUGACCUGGGGCGUGAAAGGGAAAUGUGAGAGGGUGGCCAAAAUAAACAAUCUGGAUGGCACAACUAAGCUAAAUACA